AACCAGUCAUUUCACAGUUUCGCGUCAUCCAAGAUCAUGUCGAAUUGCCAAAAAAGUGCAAUAUUGUUCAUUUUGGCCCUUCUAUUGGUCAAAGCGUAUCAGAAAAAAGAGGACAAGACGAAAUGCCCCGUAGUGAAAGGUAGUAGGAACUUUAAUAUUGACUCGUUCUUAGGGUCUUGGUAUGUCGUACAGUACUACGCGACUUCAGAAGAGGACAUCAUGUACAAAUGCAUGAGGGCGGUUUUCUACAUGUCUGACAAGAUGGGAUUGGCAAUGAAUUUCACAUACAGCUUUGCUGACGACCCUGAAAACGAAAUCCUUUACGGCAACAUAACAUGGGUCAUACCAGACACGUCGCAGCCUUCCCAUUGGAUCCAUGCCGAAGAUAUUUACGAGGGGAUUUACAAUACUUACGUUCUGGACUGCAACGAUUCAUCUUGGAGCCUUUUGCUUCAUUGUGCGGAAAAGCGGAAGAGCCCUCGUUACCUCACGAGCCUGUUGCUGAGCAGAAACACGACCUUACCUCAAGGCGUCAUCAGCUUCCUGCGCGACAAGCUUCCGAGAUAUGACAUCAACUUGGACUAUAUGUUCGACAUGACGCAAAGCAAUUGCGAAGAACCCACGAAAAAUCUGCAUUACGCAUCGAAGAAAACGAAGUCGAGUAAGGCCAAACAUCCUUUGAAACGAAAGGCGAGACUCACCAAAUCGAAAACCGCGAAGCAGCGGGCCAAAUCAAACUGAACUGGCCAAAAACAACAUCGCCAGGCAGAAUACGACUAUGAUAAGUGUCACAGUGAAGUACAAUCUGUGCCUCCGCAACGAAAUCAUGUCCAUCGCUUCAUAAUGUUUCAUUCGAUGUAAAAGUGAAACUUUCGGUACAUAGUACAUUGCUUUAAGAUAAGCCACCUUUACGCACUCUUUGUAAAAACUGAAGAUUUUUUCUAUGUCGAAUAGAUAAUAAAGGAGUUUGCCUUUGAAUGAA